AAAGCAAGUAGAAGAGAGAUGUAUAAAACGAAAUUGCAGGAGCUCUGCCACCAGAAAAUAUGGAACUUGCCCUCUUAUGAUACUACUAAAGAAGGACCUGAUCAUGAUCCUCGCUUUCGAGUAACUGUUACUGUCAAUGGCCUCUCAUUUCAUUCCCAAUCUCCUUUCAGAUCUUCUAAACAUGCUCAAAACGACGCCGCUAAGGUCGCCUUCGAUCACUUUUCUACCGGUGGCUCCUCCCUCCCUUCGUCUCCACCUGUUGUAAAUACUGAUUUGAAUGAGAAUCUUUCCUCUGGAAGGACCUUGCCACUGAGUGUACAAGAAACAAAUCAGAAUACGCAAAGGAAUGAACCAGCUGCAAAUCAGAUUAGGCAAAAGAAUGAACCAGCUGCAAUCUUUAAAGUUGAUGACAAAUUCACAGAUGUGCAACGUUUGUUCAAAAACCAGCUGCAAAGCUUUGCUCAAAAGAGAGGCCUUACCCUCCCUGUGUAUUCUUGCGAAUGUUUGGGUCCACCUCAUGCAAGUCGCUUUAAGGCUAAGGUUACAAUUGAUGAAAAGACCUAUGAGAGUCAGGAAUUUUUCCCAACGUUAAGCAAGGCUGAAAAUGCUGCUGCAAAAGCUGCACUGAUGUCAUUGGCACCUGAUGGAGUUGAAGAGGAUGAAUCUGCUUACAAAAACCUUUUACAAGAACUGGCUCAGAAAGAAUGUUAUUGUUUGCCAUCUUAUACCACAGCAAAAUCGGGUGAACCUCAUCUACCGACAUUUGUUUCAACUGUGGAGGUAGAAGGAGAGUCAUUUACAGGGCAGGAAGCAAGAACUAAGAAGCAAGCAGAGUUGAGUGCAGCAAAGGUUGCUUAUACAGCUCUAAAACAGCGCAACUCAAGGCAGAGCCUUGUAACUUCUAGUUUGGGCAACUCAAGUAACAGCCCUGUGGCCACAUGUCCUGGAAACUCAAGUCAGAGCGAUCUGGCUUCCUGUUCUGGCAAUUCAAGCCAAUUCCCUGUGGCUUCUUGUUUAUACAAUCCAAUUCAGAGUGCUUCAAGUUUGUCAACUCCUCAGGAGGGACAAAAAGUUGUUCAAUUGCCUUCUUCGCUGUCAGAUUUCACUGCUUUUCUUGAAAAGAAUGUUCAACCUAUAUUGCCCGAGCAAAAACAACAAGCUGAAGAGGAUAAAGCAAUUGCUGAAGUUAUCAGUUGUGAUCGCCCAGUCACAUCUCCAGGACCAGAAAGCAGCCCAGCUCAGAAGAGACCAUCCACACCUUCCGCAUCUUCUGUCACCAUCUCAGCUGCAGGUAUUGAGCAGCCUGUUGGAACAGAUACUCCACGCCACAAUAAGGUUAUUGUUCAUCCACGUGGGACAAACAUGGCGUAUCCUCCAGGCAGCACAGUAUUAUCCACGAGCGAUGGCAAUUGGGUUGCUGUGCGCACACCUUUAUCCAAUUAGUAAAGCUUGAUAGUUGCCCGUAGAAACUGUUGCUGACAAUUUAUUCACCUUGCUCUGAAUUUUGGAGUUUGAAUCAGAAAACUGCCUCAUGCAUGUGAAUUUGUGAUUUGGUGAAAUACCAAUUAAGCAAUUGCUGAAUUCCCGCCACUCUUCUACCUUUAUUAUAGAAAAUGGAAAUUGCUACAGCAAUUUCUUUUUGGAGGCCAAUAAUUAUAUAGGAUACUUUACAGGAAUAAUAAUUGUCCCAAAAAAAAAAAAGAUAUUGUCCAAAAUAAAAUUUGAUUUCAUAUUUAUUGUCCA